AUGAGCCGCUGGUCGACUUCCCAGGGAGUUGUCCUGACAGCCUAUCACCCCAGCAGCGGCCACAGCGCUGAUCAGGCCAGCGGGAACCCCGCCGAAGACACCGCAGACGCCUCUUCCUCCAGCCGCAGAUCUGGCCAAUAUACAAUGAACCAUGACAACUCUAAGAAGUCCUCAGGGAAGCCCCUUUUGGAUCAUUCAGAUUCUCAAGAUUCACUCGAUGAAUUAUCAAUGAAUGACUACUGGAAAGAGCUUGAAAUCAUCAAUGAAACCAGAAGCGAUAAUAAUGAAGAACAGGAAGCAGUUGUAGUAAAGGAGCCAGAUGAGGGAGAACUGGAAGAAGAAUGGUUAAAGGAAGCAGGCUUGUCAAACCUCUUUGGUGAUACUGCUGGAGACUCUCAGGAAAGCAUUGUGGUUUUGACUACCCUGACCCGUACACAGGCGGCAGCAGUACAGAAGCGAGUAGAGACUGUCACACAGACUAUGAGGAAGAAAAACAAACAGUAUCAAGUUCCUGAUGUGAGAGAUAUCUUCAAGCAACAAAAUGAGUCAAAUGAAAAAAAAACUGUCAAUGAACUCCGGCCUGUAAGAACAAAAGAAAACAAGGAUGAAACGCAGGAGGAACAAAAUGAGGCUCUUCACCAACAUACUGGUGACAUCAUCCCAAGAGAGGAUGUGCCCAUGACCGAAAUGGACAUCAAUUUGGAAGUAUCAUUUUCUGAACAAGCAGCUGGUCUCAAAGAUGACCCAUCAGGCAUGGUGCCAAAGGGCAAAGAUGAUGACACACUCCUUCCUAAUUACAGACUGCCAAAAGACAAAACAGGUACAACAAGGGUUGGGGACCUUGCACCUCAGGAUAUGAAGAAAAUUCAUGUUUUGGCACUGAUUGAACUGACAGCUCUUUUUGACAUAUUUGGAAUUGAGCUUAAGCCACAGAAAGCAAUAAAAAAUAAAAUAAAAGAAUCUGGUCUUUUUGGUGUUCCACUGUCAGUUUUGUUGGAACAAGAUCAGAAGAGAGUGCCAGGUAUAAAGGUUCCACUUGUUUUUCAAAAACUCAUUUCUCAGAUAGAAGAGGGAAAGCUAGAAACAGAAGGACUUCUUCGCAUACCAGGUGUUGCUGCAAGAAUAAAGAAUCUUUACCAAGAGCUAGAAGCAAAGUUUUAUGAAGGAACUUUCAACUGGGAAAAUGUAAAGCAGCAUGACGCAGCGAGUCUGCUAAAGCUCUUUAUCCGGGAACUGCCUCAGCCUCUGCUCACUGUGGAGUAUCUCAAGGCUUUCCAGGAUGUGCAAAAACUUCCAAAAAAGAAGCAGCAGCUGCAAGCACUGAAUCUUUUGGUCCUUCUCCUUCCAGAGGUGAACAGAGAUACCCUAAAGGCACUGCUUGAAUUUCUUCAAAGGGUAAUUGAUCAUAGAGAUGAAAACAAAAUGAACCUAAAGAAUGUUGCCAUGGUUAUGACUCCAAACCUCUUCAUGUUUCAUGGUUUGGGCUACAAGACCAUAGAACAAAACGAGUUUGUUAUGGCAGCUGGGACGGCAGGUGUCAUGGGCUUUAUGAUUAAAUUCCAAAACCUUCUUUGGACUAUUCCUACCUUUCUUGUGAACCAAGUAAGAAAACAAAAUACUGAAAGCCAGAAGAAGGAAAGAAAAGAGAAAGCAAUGAGGAAACUGCUGAAAAAAAUGGCUUAUGAUCGAGAAAAACAUGAGAAGCAAGACAAAAGCAGCAGUGAUUUAAAAUGUGGCAAUGACGCUGAUAUUCCUCAGAGAGUAAUACGGGUGCAAGCGCCUCAUCUUUCCAAAGUUUCCAUGGCAAUCCAGCUGACAGAAGAACUAAAAGCUAGCGAUAUAGUUGGCAGGUUCCUCAGCCAAAAAAGUGGGAUGGUCCAAGAUCUGAAGAAAGAAGAGGUGUUUUUAUAUGAAGUUGGAGGAAAUAUUGGUGAACGUUGCCUAGAUGAUGAUACCUACAUGAAGGCUUUGUAUCAACUAAACCCAAAUGCUGAAUGGGUUAUAAAAUCAAAAAACUGCUGAACUUCUGGAUCCACAUGGAAAAAGAAACUGGACUGAUUUUUCUGUAGAAGUAUAAUGCACCAAAAAUAAAACGGUGGUGUAUUCAUUUGAUACCAAAUGUAUUACACUGUCAAGGGCUGUGUUGUCACUGCAACAGCUGGUUUUCAGGAAAUCCCCCCCCCCCCCAUUCAGUGCAAGAUACUGCAGCAAGCUGAGUAGGACAGCAGCUAGCUGUGAUAUCUUUCUGAGCAUGUUGGAGAGGGACAGUACAUACCGUUGUUUUGUUAUGGGCAUCCUUGUGCCUUUGGUCUGAUUGCAAUUUAAUUAUUUUUACCUUUAAUUUGCUAGAUCUUCAGUUUUUAAUGAAGAGCCAAUUUUCUUAAAAACAUCCACAAAGAGCAACUGUAGAAAAAAGCAUUUCUUCAUUGUUCCAAAUACUCAUAUGGACAUAUGUACACAGGGCAAUGGCAGUUCAACAGAAAUAAUGUAAGCCUCCUACAAGUAUCUGCUUACUUUUUACUGAUUACACAAGAUUUAUGUGCCCUUACUUGCUAUUUUUCUUCUGAGGAACAUAAUGCAAGUGCACUAAUGUAACUGUCUUUACCUGGAAACAAUUCCUGUGAUUCUGGUAGUUGAAAAAUAUGGUACUGUGAAAAUCUUGGCAUUUGCUUUUCCAUCUAUCAAAGUAGAUCUGUGUUCUUACUCUCCUGGGUUGCCACCUCUUCUUCUCAACUCUUAGCAAGCUAUAUAUACACACAUGCGCAUAGACAUUUGUGGGUAAAAGAAGUAUAUAUACAGAAUAAGAGUUGCAGCUCAUCUUAUGCAUUCCGUCACACAAAAAACACUUUCAGGUAGGAAAUAAUGUAUGCUAUAAGAAGAUGUGCUCAAUACUCACACUGAGUAAUCUGUACAUAUUGAAAACAAGUAUGUGAAGCGAGCCCAAGUGUAGUGUGAAGUGAUGGCAGUUACCUAAAUGGACUUGUCAAUCAAGUCUGGUUUUCUUUCCCUUUCUCAGUCUUAGACAUUUCCAAAGAUAGCAUUGUCGAUAAAGCAUCAUCUAAAGCUAGUGAAGCCAUUUAUUAUAAACCACCUGGGAAACCUUGUUUAUUAGGUGGCACUGAAGCAAUCAUGACCUUUUGAUAUCAGUCAACUCUUAUCUUGAUGCUUACAAUGUAUUGUUGACCAUAUCAUGUAAACAGAUUAGCCCGACUGGUGUCAUCCCACUGAAAUCAUGGCCCUUUUAUGACCCCUGAGCCAUAUUCAAGCAUUUGUUCAAUGGCAAAGCUGCCCCAGAAAAGUACUCACUUGUGGUCGAAGAUAAAAUAUGGCAAAUAUAAUUUAAUGUGUUUUUCUCCAUGGUGAAUUAUCAGGGAAUCAUAUUUAGCUAAGUCUAUCUGGAUGCAUAUGAAUACCUGCACAGUUUUGUUCUUCAUAAAACAAAAAGAAUGGAAUUUAAGUUUGUAGAAUUAUAGCAAAAAGAACAUUUUCCCCAGGGAGUUUGUAUCAAAUAGCAAACUGCCAGUAGAAGAAAUGUGUUACUGCUCGAAUUCAGGUUUUAAGAUGCCUCAUUAUUAUACACAGAACUGCUUUGCCAUUUUUCUAUGGCAGUGGCCAGUCAGCCAUGCAGAGAACUUGGUUCUCUGGCAGAGGAAUACACUUGAAUAAGUUUUGCAUAGGCAGCAUUCCCAGUUACUUGUGCCCAGAUUGCCUCUGAGUAAUGGGAUGGCUAAUGUAAGCACACGAUGAGUAAUAGAAAUGAAAAUGAGCAGCAGUGGCCCGUAAACUGGAUCUUUGGCAGGGCUUGCCGCUUGGCAUUUCAGGUCAAGAGGGUGGGGCAAUGAAAACCUAUCCUGACCGUAACUACAUGGUAGCUCCUUAGAUGCCUUUUGUCCUUAGUGCUACAUCCUCAUGUUCUCCAGCAUCAUUAGGUGUUUUCCUCCCUGCCCUGCUCAGUAUACAGUGGUCAGUGAUCCCUGGUAACAAGCUAAAGGUACCAUCAAGUGGAUUCCUUCCACUAAUGGAACAGCGUCAGCCCUUGUGUUUCUCAGCAUCUUCUUCAGAGGACUCUGGAGUCUCCAGGUUCUGGAGAGUUGAGAUCUCCAAGGAGCAGCAGGGCCAGGGAAAAUCUUGUGUGAGCAACAUACUGCUUGUGCAACACUGGAUAUUAUCCCACCUUACCCCCCACCCCUCCAUUUCAGACACAUAGGAAAUGUAAAAACAAGUAUUUAUGAAUCUAGAACCUAGUUUUAAAGAUAGUAUAAAUGCACCAAAUAGCAAACUGCAAUAGGUUAUAGUCCUUUGCUGCUCCAAAUCAGAUGGAAUGAUAAAGGUAAUGGGAGGUAUUUGAAGCAGUAGCGGUCAUUCAAAACCAAACCAAACCUACAACUGGUCUGUAGAUUUAUUUUUUAAAAGAUAAUUUUGUUGCUGGAUUAGUGCCAUGAUCUUUUUAUUACUGUUUGUAAAAGCUCUUUUAUACUUACAUGGAUUUUCUUGAUGCUGUUCUAAUUUGGAUUAUUAGAUGUGUACAUGACAUGUACAAAAAAGAUACACUGACUCAUUCUGAAAUCAACUAAUUUUUGUUCAUUUUGUUUUGCUUCUACACCUGUGUAGAUUUGUAUAUACAAUAAGAUGUUUCAAAUGAA